UGAUUGCAACUUUAAGACCAAUAGUAUCUCAAGGGUUGUUGGAAAACGGUUAAUAUUUUAGGUUAAUAUUUUGGUGCAUAUGUCAUACAAUAAAUCCUGUUGCAACUUCAUGCAAGUGGUGCAACAUCAGACAAUUGCGUCUGAUGUGGUCAGGAGAGCCAUGCUGACAUUCCGAGGACAUGAAUGACUGGUCCGAUGACAUUGGAGAGCGGAAAAUUAUUCGUCAUGAAAACAUUUGAAAUGUAACUACGCAACGCUAUGCCAUCCCUGCUGUCGAUCCUGCACAGGAGGACCUGGGUAACAGCAAGAGGAAGACUUCUAUUCUUCCUUUUAAUAAUCUCAAACCAUCAAAUAACAUGCUCAGUGCUUGAAAAUCUUAUCGCGAAGCGUACAGACUACUGGGAGGCCUGCAAUAGAACCCUCACAUCAAGUACACUCCCCAAAACUGGAAUCUACUGCAGGGGAACUUUUGACACUUUUGUGUGUUGGCCACAUUCACGCCCUGGGAAUGUGUCGGUCCCCUGCCCUCCUUACUUACCAUGGAUCAGCAAGGCUGCAGACAAUUCCAGGAGAGCGCACAGGGAAUGCUUGCAAGACGGAAGAUGGCGACAGAAGCAGAAUUCCUCCGAGCUCUGGAGGGACGACUCUGAAUGUCAGGGGGAGCAUUACUUCAAAGAUAAGGAAGAACAAAUGCUUCGGCAGACAGCCCUUCGGCUAAUCUCUGUCAUUGGCUAUUCACUGUCACUGUCUUCCCUCACGGUGGCAACGCUCCUCAUGGCCAUGUUGAGGAAGCUCCAUUGUACCAGGAACUACAUUCACAUGAAUCUGUUUGUGUCGUUCAUGCUGAGAGCUGUUGCUGUCAUUUCUAAGGAAAUUGUAUUGUACAUCAUGUAUUCCAACCUACCCAAGGAUGACCCUGGAUGGAACUCUUAUUCAAGUUCUCCGAUAGCUCUUAUGUGCAAACUCUCAAAAGUGGCAAUGGAGUAUUUUGUGGCCUGUAACUACUUCUGGCUAUUGGUGGAAGCAAUUUUUUUGCACACACUGCUAUUCACCGCUGUGCUGACCAAACGACGUCUACUAAAGAAUUACAUGCUGUUAGGAUGGGGAACACCUGUCUUCUUUGUGACACCAUGGACAGUUGUCAAGAUUUUAUAUGAAAACACAGAGUGCUGGUCAAUCGUGAACAGAUGGUUCUGGUGGAUCAUAAAGGGCCCCAUUACUUUAUCAGUGCUGAUAAUUUUCUUUAUAUUCAUCAAGAUUCUGCUGCUGCUCCUGUCCAAGCUAAAGGCAGAUCAGGUGAAAUUUACCGACUACAGAUACAGCUUAGCCAGAGCAACCCUUGUGCUGAUUCCUCUGUUGGGAAUUCAUGAAGUCGUCUUCACCGUGCUCGUUGAUGAAUGCAUGGUGGGAAGCAGUCGUUACGCUCGGGAUUUCAUAAAUCUCACCAUCAGUUCUUUCCAGGGUUUUCUGGUUGGCGUGUUGUAUUGCUUCGCUAAUGGAGAGGUUCAAGCGGAGCUGAAGAAACGCUGGCAGAUUUUCAUGGUCACCAACAACUUCCAGUUCAGAAGUUGUUUUCAGGGUACGCCACUCAAGCACUUAUGGAAGAGCACUCGACGGCACCGACCACAAUGCCAGCGGAGGGGAUCCUUUGAGGAAGGCGGGCUUUCUAUAAUGCAUCCACACUUGCUGCAGGUAACCCUACGGGACGGAGGUGGAGCUAAUGGACUAAACGAGGUUAGAGGAUGUGACACAACAGGCCUCGACUUUCUGACUCGAAAGAGCUUAUCCAGUAGUGAUGGGGAAAUAACACAUGGAGAGACCAUGGAGGAAAUUUUGGAGGAAAGCGAGUUUUGAAAGCACUUAGGUUGUCUGUAUGCUUAUUCAUCCAUUUUCUAUUACCUAUGCUGUUCGGGGUCACGAUGGGCUGGAGCCUACCCCAGGCAGACUACAGUAUACCCUGGACUAGUCAUCACUGAGUGGGGACUAAUCCCUUGCCGCCUGCAACUGAAGUCAGGCAAGUUGCCCACUAGACGAGCGGCGUCUCCGUUUUGUGAAAUCAAUCAUUUGUUCAAAGGGUUUGCUUUUUUCUCAUCCAUCCACCAGAAUCUCUUUUUGUACAUAAGCACAUUUUAUUUCCAAUAUGUCGCCUAUAUUCUGUAUAAUGACAAUGAAGACAAAUAAAGGCCUCUGGUUUAAGAAUUAAAGGACAUGUCCUACUACAAAGGAAGAAUUCAACUGAAUAUAAGCCUAUUUGUAAUCAUUUGCAUUUUCUUUGGUGUAAUAUAACAUUUCUGUUACAAACCACAUAUAAAUAUCCA